AUGCGUCAAUAAAGGGGUCCUUUUUAGUCACGGUGGACGGAAGGCGAGCAGUCUGUUGCAAGGCAAAGCCUGACCACGACUUUGGGACUGUUUUCCAGAGGACCAGACGACUGGGAGAACUACAAUAGCAACCCCACUCUUUGUGGGAGAGAGCCCCCCUCCUCUCCCUUCCCUCCGCGGCUCUGAACAUCGCUCUUUCCACUCCACCCCUCUUAGGUUGGGUCCCGCAGAGCUUUACCUCGCGUGUCGAUUUUUUUCAUCACUGCGGUGAGUGUGUGUGUGUGUGUGUGAAGUCUGUGAGCUGACACAGAAAUACCCUUAUGGUAACCGCCUCAGUCAUACAGCUGACAUGUAAAUCGACUUGCCAGCCGGCUAUCAAAACCGAGCCAGACAUUGAAGACAUACGGCAAAUUAAGACACCCGCCUCAAGAGAAGCACUCCACCAUCCAUCCACCUCUGCAGUUCAGUCCUCUCCGGAAAAUCUUUCCACCUGCCGACACAUCUUAUAUGACCGUCUCAAAGAUGACAUGGCGUCCUCAGUAUCGCAGCUCCAAGUUCCGCCACGUGUUCGGUAAGGCCGCCACCAAGGAGAACUGCUACGAUGGCGUGCCCAUCACGCGGAGCGUCCACGACAACCACUUCUGCGCCGUCAACCCGCGUUUCAUUGCCGUCAUCACAGAGUGCGCCGGAGGUGGAGCCUUCCUGGUCCUCUCUGUCCAUCACACAGGGAAGGUGGACCCCCUUCACCCCAAAGUGUCAGGCCACAGAGGUAACGUACUGGACAUCAAAUGGAACCCCUUCAACGACUUCUGUAUAGCAUCCUGCUCGGAGGACUCCACGGUGAAGGUGUGGGACAUCCCUCCCCAUGGUGUGCUGAAGAACCUGACGGUGCCGUGGAAGGAGCUGCAGGGUCACAGCCGCAGGGUGGGCCUCAUCGAGUGGCACCCUACUGCCAACAAUGUGCUCUUCAGCACUGGCUAUGACUACCAGGUGAUGAUCUGGAACCUGGACAGCCCUGAGGCGGUGAUAAAGAACCCGGUGCGGACCAUCAGCCACCACACUGACGUGGUGCUCUCCAUGUCCUUCAAUACCGAUGGCAGCAGGCUGGCCACGUCCUGCAAGGACAAGAAGAUCAGGGUUCUAGAGCCACGCACUGGGAACCUGCUACAGGAGGCCAACUGUAAGAACCACAAAGCCAGCAAGGUGCUGUUCCUGGGGAACCUCAAGAUGCUGCUGUCCACCGGCAGCUCCCGCUGGAACCACAGACAGAUGGCCCUCUGGGACCAGGAGGACCUAGAUGUGCCUUUGUUACAGGAGGACCUAGAUGGUUCGUCUGGGGUGCUCUUCCCUUUCUACGACCCAGACACACACAUGCUCUACAUAGCAGGGAAGGGUGAUGGUAAUAUCCGGUACUAUGAGAUCAGCUCAGAGAAGCCCUACAUGCACUUCCUCACAGAGUACCGCUCACACACUCCUCAGAAAGGAAUGGGUAUCAUGCCAAAGAGAGGCCUGGACGUGAGCUCCUGUGAGGUGUUCAGGUUCUACAAACUGGUGACGAUCAAGGCCCUCAUCGAACCCCUCUCCAUGAUCGUACCUCGCAGGUCGGAGUCGUACCAGGAUGACAUCUACCCCAUGACGGCGGCGAGCGAGGCCGCCAUGUCGGCCGAGGAGUGGCUUAGCGGCAUUGACAAAGGCCCGGUGCUCCAGUCUCUGAAGCCUGGGAGUCGAGUACCGGACUCCUACCCGGAGCUGAGCUCCGGGCUGGGCAGUAAGGGGCUGGGCAACUCCCUGGGCACUCGGAGGUCCCAGAGCCGACCAGGCCAACUGCAGCUGGCGUACAUCCAGGACCAGCUUGGCAACAAGGAGUGCAGGAGUAAGACGUCUGUCAGCAACGGACAGGACCCCACGCUCUGCUCGCCUCCCAAAACAGAGAACGAGGUAUGGGGCGGUUUCGAUCUGCGUCUGAAGUUCCACAAGCAGCAGGAGGAGAUCCGGCGUCUGCGGGAGAUGCUCAACCAGAGGGACGUACGCAUCAAGCAGCUGGAGCUGGAGAUCAACAACGUGAGGAAUUCCCAGGACUCGCACUGAGAAGAGGCUCCUCUUGCCCCCCCGUCGUACCAAGCCACCCUCACCUCUCCCUGGAUAACUCUCUGACCACCCCCUCCCCUGCUCUCUCACCCUGGGGGUCUCACUGUAAUUAACACCCCUCUAAACCCCUCGACCCCCACCUUCCUUACCCUAAAGACAAGGGCCCUUCCCAGGGGCCUCGCUGUCUCAUCGCAGAACACUAUCUGUCUCUGUGGAUGGGUCAAAGCCUCACCAGGGCUUCUCAUGUCCCCCAUAUAUGUGCAUACACCCAUAGACUCUCAGUCACUCCUCAAUAUGUAUCAUAUUUGAAUGCUACUGCAUCAACAUACAUGUAAGCCGCUUGUCCCUCUCCCUGCUCCUCUCCCUGCUCCUCUCCCUGCUCCUCUCCCUGCUCCUCUCCCCAAAGUCCGUUUUCCUUUUCCUUUUGUACACUUCAGAGCUAUGCAAGUUUGAUGUAUUUUAGUUUUGUUUUUGUGGUACAAAAAAAAACAUGUUUAUGCCCUUUUUAUUUGAAAAAUAAUGAAAAUAAGAUGUACGUGCCUGUCUUUAAAAGAUGCUGUGGUUGUCUGCUGGUUAUAUUUGAAUGUUGUCCGGAUGGGAGCAGAUGUCACACAUGAUUGUAAGAUACACUGAAUUGAUUUCCUAUGCUUUGUGAUUUUGCAUAUUUAAACAACUGUACAUGGAUGGAUGCUGGUGGAGAUGUCUGCGGUGGUGUCUACAUCUAGAAUGACAGAGUAUAUGUGUGGGUGAGAGAGAGAGGGGGAAAGAGACGUGCGUCAUUUUGUAUAUAUUGAGUCAAUUUGGCUCUUUUCCAUUUAAAGGUAGACUCAGCGAUAUGACGUAGAUGCAGAAAGUAAACAUAGUGGGUCAAUUUCCACAACCACUAAGGGCGUUGAAGCGCGAGGCGAAACUUCUCCGCUUUAUUUUGUCCCGCUACCGUUGUGUGAACAGCGUGAAGCGAACCCGUGCACAUGCGCAGAUACUGUGUGAGAACGACGUCUUGCAAUCUCACUCGUCACAAUAUCUGCGGUGCUGCUCGUGGCAACGUCAUUUCACUGAGUCCAACUGAAGCUGCGUUUUGUUUUAAUGACUGGUGAACUGGUGAAAGAUCAAUCAACUGAAAGAACAAUCGUUUCCCAGCAGCUUUUAAAUACACCAUUUAUUGUUCACGAAAGAAGCCCAGGGAAUCUCACUUGUCGUUUUUAAAAUAGCAUUUAUUUAUUCUGUUUUUUUAAUUUGUUGACAAAAAAAAAAAGUAGUAUGGAAUGAUGACCAAUUACAGAGGCAUGUUUUCACACCAGUGGCCACAGCCAUGCUUCAGACACACCAUUGAGUAUGUCUAACACUAUCAGAUAACACACACACCACAUCAUGUAGGGAGUGGGUUGGUAGGGCACACAAAGUUUUACUGUUUGGUGCUGGUCCAUCCGUUUUCAUUGUUCCGAAGCCACUGUGUAAAAGUAGGAAUGAUUGUUUUAAAAAAGGGAUUGAAUGAACCUCAAAAAGCCAUUGUGUAAUAUAUGACUUAACAGGGAACUUGAUAACUGUGUUGUUAAUGUGUAAGCGCUGACCCAAGUGAUUGGGUUGUCUCUUGAAAACAACAGAGGAAACUGUAAAAGGGAAUAUAUGUGUUUGGAGCAGGCUCAUUUGUUCAGGAUAACACUAAGCCUUUGUUUUUGAUAUGAUAUCCAUUGCUUUUGUGAUGCACUACAGAGGAGGCUGGUUGGAGGAUCUGUAGGAGGACAUGCUCAUUUUAAUGGCUGGAAUGGAAUGAAUGUAACAGAGUCAAACAUGUGUUUGAUAUCAUUCCAUUUAUUCCAUUCCAGCCAUUACAAUGAGCCCAUCCUCCUAUAGCACCUCCUGCUAGCCUCCUCUGCAAGUACUUACUUGGUGGUUCAUAAUAUUUUGAAAUGGAAAUACUAUGGCAAGAAAUGGGAUUGGAACUGCUCUGUAAUUGUGCAUCAUAAUAUGUUAGUUAGACAAUCAGAGACCCACUGCCCCUGUCCAAAGAAAAGCAAGAGGCCAACGUUUGACUGUAUUUAAAUCUCAACAUUUUACACAAGCACGGCACACAUGCGCCAAAAUAUAAUUGUGAGCUAUUCAACACUUGUGAGGAGGCAUCUAGAGAAGACAUCCCCUAUCCCCAUAGAGAACCAUGGUCAAAGAGCAGCAUGAGGGCAAGCCAACCAUUGUCACCGCUAGUAUAGAUUUAUUAAUAAAACAUUAACAUGUAACUGCAUAUGCUUGGAUAAUAUUGCACUAAGUGGGCCAGGGCACCUGCAAUGGGUUUGGUUUUAGCCUUAUUUGUCGGCUCAUAAAUGCUAUUGUAUGUAGGCCAAUGUAGCUCAGUCAGAGUAUUGCCAUUUGAAGGGUAAUAUUUCUAAAUGGUACUUGACUGAAUGGAGUCACUACUUAGCUAAUGGCACCUUAGGGAAGACAGUCUCAGAAACAAUCCGAAAAGCGACUGUUAUUGUAAUCCAGAUGGUCAUUGUGGAGUGCAUGUAGUCUAUCUUGUCUAGCUAGCUUGGCAUGUGUACUUUAGCAAUAAGUCUCUCGGUCUUUUGUAGACCUUUUGCAUUUACUGCCAACUACAAUGGCUAGAUAUCUGGCAAUCACAUCCCUGUGCUACUACUUUGGUGCUUGGGCCUCUUUAAGCAUUGUAGACUUCACCGACUGCUGUAUCCCAUUUUUCUUCAGAAAAGAUACGGUCAAGACCAAAUCACAAAGUCCAUUCCAGGGACUUGAUGGCAUUUUAAAUCCCCAAACUGUGUGUGUGUCCCAUUUACAUUUUUACAGAAGCAAUAUUUUAGCAGUAGAAAGAGCAGUAGUUUGAGGGACAUACACUACGAUCACUAGCAUUAUCUUGCUCAUUGGAAACAAGGACAUCUGUAUAAAUAAGUUGAAAAUGGAGGGUUUCUGCUGGGCAAUAUCAUGACUGAGCCUUACUGUGCCUAAGAAUCAAGCUGCAAUUUUAGUUUUCUUUUGUAUAGGUAUUAUGAUGUCUUUCAGAACGAAUAGUAUUAUUAGUGUUCACACAACUCACAAAUACAGUGAACAAUUUAUGAAAUGAUUCUAAUUUUGUUCCUGUUAUGUUUAAUAUUGUUUUUAUAUAUAUCAAGAACUACAUGAGGUGUAGAGAAUAAAAAAUAGGUGAAAACAUGA